AGAAGGAGGAGUCAAGGGAAGUGGCGCCUCCGCUGAGAGGCCCAGCAUACCCUGCAGAGGCCCUCUACCUCACUGGCUCCGCCCCCUGUGCCCCCACUCUGGGUAGUAGAAAUACAGCUGCAGCUCCAGCCGCCGCCCACUGCAUUCAACCCGGUUCGGACUUGACUGUCGAGUUUGGAUUUGAUUGCCUGGAUCCAGCAGACCCCCACCUGCCCGAGCCCAGUGCCAAUGGCUGACGGUCUCUUUCAGCGCAAACCCUGGGGCACCGAACACAUGCCCACCGACUCCGACCCUGAGUCCGAAGGCCUGUUUGAUAAGCCUCCCCCAGAAGAUCUUCCAGCUGCCCGCGCGCCCAAGUCGGUGUCUGCUGCGGGCAAGAAGUCUGGUCGGCGUGCAGGCGGGAAGGCGCAGGGGAUCCGCGCCGGGCAGCCCCCCAAGGCCACCGCUCGUCCCCAGCUCAAGGAAGAGGCGCCUCCACUGGACGAGGGCUGCUAUCUCGAUCAUUUCCCGCACCUCUCCAUCUUUAUUUACGCGGCUAUCGCUUUCUCCAUCACCUCUUGCAUCUUCACCUAUAUCCAUUUACAGCUUGCCUAAGUCGGGAUGAGCCAGAUCUGGGCCCACGGCCUUCCAGAGAGGGUCCCAUGGGAAGGAUUGGCGCCCUGGCCCAGAUUGGGCCAGAGCCCUGUGAUGCUGCAUGACCCCCAGAAGGAGCCAGCUGUGACUCAGAGUUGGCGCAGUCAGUACUCAGAGCUCGGGGAGCUGGCGGACCUGGCUGAGCAACGGGCACCGCUGGAACCCUGGACAAGGCUUUGUUGUCGCUGCCAGGCGGAGCCAAGACCUGUAGCCAGAGAGAGGACCAUCGUUCCAGAAAGCCACGCUCAGGACGUAUCGGAACUGCGUGGGAUCUGCAGCUGCACACCUCCCAGGACGCAGGCCGAUUUCGCUGGGUCCACUGUAUGAGACUGGAGGCCCUAGCUGGGGUUCACGGGGACUCUGGGGGUAGUUUCACUCUAUUCAGUAGCCCUUCCCAAACUAUGGGACCCAAGAUGAAGGGGCUGGGGGAUGUGUCCAUUGAAGAAAUCCUGCGGAGGGUUUGUCAUCUUCGACCCAAAAUUCUAAUACUAGAACCCACUGUGGCAGGUUAUUAACCCACUUGCUUUCUUUGUUUGCUCAUGAAUGUCAAAUGUCCAAAUACAGCACUAUAACACUGCAUAUUCUUUACAGAAAUAUCUGUAAUCGUGGCACCUCUGAUGGAAUAAAUCUUUUUCAGUCUCCUCUGUA